AUGUCCAUCCAGCAGCAACGUGCUACCCUCACGGAGCGGGGACGAGAUAUGGACAUAGCUGCAGCCUCUCUAACGAAGAGACUGCGAGAGACGGAGAGAGCCGCUUCCUCUCCUGCCGCGCAGACUUCGUCCGGGGGAGAAUGGAAGCGCAGUGCUAAAUUACCGGACGCCCCGCUCUUCGACGAUGGCGUCAGUGUGAAAUUCACACCCUGGCGACGUGCGGUGGAGAACAAACUCAUGCUCAAUGCUGACCACUAUCCGUCAGAAAGGUAUGGCAUGGCGUAUGUGUCUACCCGCUGCGCGGGUAAAGCUCAGGCACAGCCCCAACCACGCCUGGACCCCACGGUGUCGAAUAGGUAUAAGACCGCUGUGGAGAUGCUCGACCAUCUCCAAAUCAUUUUCAAGGACCCCAUGGAACGACUGAUUGCCAAGGGGGAUCUAUUCGAGAAACUAGUGCCUGGCCUCCAGACAUUGACGGUGUCGGACGCGUUUAAUGACCCGGUAACCUUGGAAGAUUUCGUAGCCAGUUGUAGACGCAGCGCUCUAGGACUGUCACGACUCACGAAUGCAAACCUCGACUCGAUUCAGCAAGUCCGGGUUGAGAACACACGCAGGAAGAGUUCCCAGAGUACCUCAGAGACAACUCCCAGCGGAGAGCAGAAACCGAGUUGCUGA